AUGAAGCUCGCGGGGCUCAAGUCGGUGGACGGCGCCCACGAGGAGUCCAUCUGGGCGGCGGCGUGGGCGCCCGCCGCCGACCACCGCCCCACGGCGGUGCUCCUCACCGGCGCGCUCGACGAGACCGUCCGCGCUUGGCUCCCCGACGACCUCGCCGCCUUGGGGUCCCCCGCGCGGGGCCACGCGCUCGGGGUCGUCUCCCUCGCCGCCCACCCCGCCGGCGCGCUCGCCGCCGCCGUGUCGCUCGACAGCUUCAUCCGCGUCUUCGACGUCGACACGGGGGCAUCCGUCGCCACGUUGGAGGCGCCGCCGUCCGAGGUCUGGGGCGUCCAGUUCCACCCCAAGGGUAAUGCUCUGGCUGCAGCUGGUGGUGGCAGUGGAUCAGUGAAGCUCUGGGACACAGAGAGGUGGCAGCCAAUUACCAGCCUCACUGUCCCACGUCCAGAGGGAGCUCGCCCUGACAGGACAGGCAGUGGCAAGUUUGUCCUUUCAGUUGCCUGGAGCCCUGAUGGGAAGCUGUUAGCAUGUGGGUCCAUGGACGGCAGCAUUGCCAUCUACGACACUGUUCGCAUGAAGUUCCUCCACCAUCUCGAGGGCCACCACAUGCCGGUGCGGUCCAUGGUGUUCUCCCCUGUGGACCCCCACGUGCUCUUCACGGCCUGCGACGACUGCCACAUCCACAUCUACGACACCAAGGAGAAGAGCCUCAUCGGGGCCAUGUCAGGCCACGCCAGCUGGGUGUUGAGCAUCGAUGUGAGCCCCGAUGGCUUGGCGGUGGCGACGGGAUCCAGCGACCGCACUGUCCGGCUCUGGGACAUCAACAUGAGGACCUCGGUGCAGACCAUGAGCAACCAUUCUGAUCAGGUCUGGGCCGUGGCCUUCCGGCCGCCAGGUGGGGCCGGAAUCCGGGCAGGGCGUCUAGCUAGCGCGUCCGAGGACAAGAGCAUCUCCCUGUAUGAUUACUCGUAG